CUCUCCUUUUGGAUUUCAGUCGAGACCCCAGAGCAAAUAAAGUUUGGGCUGGAAAACAGUGUUGAAGAUGAAGAAACUGGUGGUGUUUCUACUUUGCCUGGUCAUUUUGACCAUCCACACAGAUGCCAACCCCAUAAUCAAGGAAAGCUUUGCUAAGCAGCUUCUGCGAAGCAAGAGACAAGAGAGGCCAAGGACACCAGGCCACCCCGAUGAGCCCAUGAGAGAGCACAUGCUUCACAUGCAGGCUCUGGACCAGAGAGCGCAGGAGACCAACAUGGAGCAUUGGCUCAACCCUCACUGCUACCCACGCUGUGACAGGAACUAUGGAUACCCUGUCUGAUGAUGUGCACGAAGGUCGCCAAGAAAAAGAACAGCCUCAACACGAUUAAAGCGAUGGGAAAUGGAAAGACUUCCUCAAACGGAUCCGUCAAUGAAGCGAAUGGAUAAUACAUAUAUUAUUUUGACUGUCUCAUAAUGCAUGUUCGUUUCUUAGAAUACACGUAUUUACACUUCGUAUCCUUUAUCGUAACAAUGGAAAAUAUUUACUUUGAGAAUGAGUGAAUAAAAAAAUACAUUCAAAACAA